AUGGCUACGAUUCAGGUCCUGUUGGCUCUGGCCAAGGACAACGAGGGACUGGCAGGCCUUGCUCGGGACAUUAUCCGCGAUGCGCCAGACCCGACACCUCUCCGGUUCGAUGGCACGGGAUGGAGCCAUGUUGGCGACCCUGCCGACGACUGGAUGAAAAAGCUCGCCGAGGCCAGCAUAGAGGGAAAUGGCGGUUUGUUCAUUAUGGCUCCGCCGGGCGGCCACCGCGAGAGUGUCGAGAUGUUCUUCCGCCUCUUCGAGCCGUUCCUUGGGAAGGGAGGACAUAUCGUCCUCUUCUUCGUCACGGGCAGGAUGCACCCCGGCACGCUUGACUCGGUGCUGUCGUGGCAGCAGCGUGUGCAGACGGAGACGAGCGGCUCGCUCGACUUUGCCUUCUUCGACCAGGAGAGAGGAUUGUCGACGGGCGACGCGGGCUUCUUCCAGAUCGUCACGAAGACGGGCUACUUCUUUUCGGGCUUUUACACUCCCGGUGGCUGGUGCACCAAGUUUUGGUCGAAGGACGAACCGCCGAAGAACAUGACGUUCGGCAAUCUAUCGCUCGGAUCCAGGCCACUGAAGGCGGCGUCUGAGGAGACGAGAAAGCUUGUCGACGAGGAACUUGAGGAGAUCACGGGUCACGUCAAGCACUGGGCGCGCACGGCGCUUUUCCCGACGCCGAGUGUGCUCAAGUAUGUCCGCGCAAAGGAGGCGAGCGCGAGUUGUUGA